AGUUUCAUUAACAGCCGGCAGAGGAAUCUGUAACAGAGGAAAAGCAGAGCAAAAAGGGAGCAAUCUUAAGAUUAAACCUAACUUUAAUCUGCGUUAACAUCAAUCUUAAGACACGAUGACGAUGAUGUCCAAGCUUUCCACGGAGCUAGUUGAGGAGAUUCUCUCAAGGGUCCCGAUGACAUCUAUGAGAUCAGUCCGAUGCACUUGCAGAAACUGGAACACUAUAUGCAAAAACAUAACCUUUACAAACAAGCAUCUUGCUCAGAGAACAGCAGCAGCAGCAUCAACAAGUAAAGGCGAGAUUUUGACGGUCGUGAUGAUGAACUGUAGUCUUCAUCUGAUGAGGGUCAAACUCCAAAGAGGACUUGAUCCAACGGUAAACACUACCGGUAAGCUUAUUAGCGUUGACGAUUCAUACCAAGUCGUUGUGUCUCGAGUGUGUCACUGCGACGGUUUGUUGCUAUGCACAACCGAAGCCUACUCUUGGCUCGCUCUUUGGAACCCUUUCACGGGCCAAACACAUCGGAUUUGCGUUGAGCCUGUAUCUGUUCGCCACAGAAAGCUUUGGUACUCUCAUGCUCUCGGGUACGAGGAGGUAGGCAAGUCGUGCCACCGCGUCUAUAAGAUCUUGAGAUUCGCUGGUCUUGUGCACGAAAUCUAUGCGUUGAACUCUGGUUCUUGGAGGGUUCUUGAUGUUAGUCCAGACUGGUACAUAGAUUACGAUAACCAUGGUGUUUCAUUGAAAGGAAACACGUACUGGUAUGCUAGGGCAGCAGGAGUAGGUUUCUUGCUCUGUUUCGAUUUUACGAGAGAGAGAUUCGGACCGCGUCUGCCUCUGCCGUUUGAGUCUUUCUCCGACGAUGCUGUGAUUAUGUCUAGUGUUGGGGAAGGGGAAGAUAAGCUUGCGGUUUUGUUUCAGCAUCGCGAGACGUUUGAGAUGGAGGUUUGGGUUACGACUAAGGUUGAGCCUAAUGCUGUGUCUUGGAGCAUGUUCUCUGCGGUUGAUAUGGCGCCAUUGAGUGGUUUUCGUUUUUCAACUGGUGGGAGUUUCGUCAUAGACGAGGAGAAUGCAGCUGUGGUUGUCUUUGAUGAAGAUAAAAAUGUGGAGAAACCGACUCGCAAUACUGCUUACAUCGUUGGAUUUGGAGAGAGUAGUUACUUCGGAGAGGUUGAUCUCGGGAAGAUUACAACAGGGAAAGAGGGCUUUCCGCAUGCGUGCUCCUAUGUUCCAAGUUCAGUGCAAAUCAAACCAAACUUCAUGAGAACCAAUGGCAUAGAUUGAUCUGGUUUGUUGAAGUCAAGUAUAUUUUUGAUCUCUUCUAAUUAUCUUCGAAUGCAUAUAUGGUUUGUCAAAACUAAUUUUAGUGGAAAGCAGUGUGUAUUAUAAUCUAUGCUUUGAUAAGACUUGAGAGAUUGGUGAGAUCGAUGCCACAUCCUUAGCUUUUACGUUUCAUCUUUUGACUCAAUCCCAAUGGGUCUGGCUUGUAUAUUUUUCUCUUGUAUGACUGGAUCUUUUAGAACAAAACACUCGUGCUCUAUGCUCCUGCUGAAUAAAUGGCUUGAUGUAUGGUAUUUUAGACAA